AUGGCGAUCGCCGCCGUGAGCGAGGCGGAAACCCGGCUCUGCGGGAACUGCCAAAAGGAUAUUCCUGUUGCUAAUUUCAUCAUGCAUGAGAUCCACUGUAGCAGAAAUAUUGAAGUAUGCUGCUACUGCAGAGACUCAAUCCCAAAGUCUGAAAUGAAGAACCACAUUGAGUCUGAGCAUGUGCAGGUUACCUGCAAGUGUCAGAUGAAGAUAGAAAAAGGUCUCUUGAAGGAUCAUGAGGCAUCAGCGUGCCCUCUGCGUCCUGCCCUCUGCCAGUACUGUGACAUACAGCUCACCUUCAGCAGCCUCCAGGACCACGAAGUCUACUGCGGAGCCAGGACCGAGAGGUGUGGUGGCUGUGGACGUAAUGUCAUGGUGAAAGAUCUCAAGGAGCACCCUCGAGUCUGUGGGCAAGAGGUGAAGCAGGUCAGAGGACGCAGAUCAGGGCUGCGCUUUGAGGAUGAGGAUGCAGACCUGCGUGCCCUCCGGGUCAACAGAAACCGACUCAGAGCAGGUAACUGUGCUGGGCCUUUGCAGAUGCCCAGGGGGCCAGAAAAGCAGAUUUAUGGCAGCUGUGUAGGAGACAAAACACUUAAAGACAUUAGCAGAAGAAAUGUUUCAGCAGUACAAAGAAAUCAAAAUGAAGAGGACGGACUGGAGCAGUUGGAGAGAAAUGAAAACACUUGUUCUUCACUUUAUGAGGAGUGGAACGCUGAUUUAGACUACGUGUUGGCUCUUAGCCUGCAAAAUGAGACUAAUCCUCUCAGUAAUGCUGGAGCUGAAAUCCCCAGGGACUUCUGGGACAGCUACUACACCAAAGAUUCUGUGCCCUCAGCAUAUCUUAAAGAACCAGACAAGUCAAAUAUCUUCUCUUGUGACUCUUCCAUGUCCUUUAGCAUGUCAAACUACAUAGAAAAAGACGACAUUAUGAUUCCAUGUGAAUUUUGUGGCAUCCAGCUGGAAGAGGAGAUUCUCUUUCAUCAUCAGGCCAAAGCCCAGAGCCCAGCACCUGAUUAUCCAGAGGAGAAGUGA